UUCUUCUCCUCAGGAUGUUAGAGAACUCGCUGCUCAGCGCUGAAGUGAAGGAGGGAGAGAUUCUGCCUCCCACCAUUCAGAAACUGAUGAAAGGAUACAACAAGUACCUCAGGCCUUUCUUUGACAGUAAGGGAAAUUGCACACAUCCCUGGAAAAUGAGAUGAGGCUCAAGUGAGAUGUGUGUGUGUGUGUGUGUGUGUGUGUGUGUGUGUGUGUGUGUGCAUGCGUGUGUUUUUUUGUCUGUGUGAUUGUGUGGCUUACCAUAUUCCCAUAUUCAUUUCAAUAUUACCAUAUUUUGGCUAUGCAUAAAUCUCCCUGAGCUUUUACCUGGCAGAUGGAAGCAAUCUCAUUCCACAUGCAUAACACAGUAUGUGCAUGACGAACAUUCACUGAAACUAAAUACAUGAUGCCAACACAUUAACACAGCUGGUGAUUUUAGUCAUAGGGUUAGGCUAUUAAUAUCAAGAGUAAGCAGCUGACAAAGUAUGUUAUUUGUCUGAGCAGACACAAUUCCCAUGCAUACUUAGUGUGACUUCCUAAACUGGAUGCCAUAGAAGUGCAAUAUUUUCAUGCAUAGGCCUACUCAGUGUGACUUCCUAAUAUGGAUACCGUACUAACAGUGUAACCUCGAGACAGUGAUAUAAAGUAUUGUAGCCUUUGAUCCUCUGCACAGUGUUUGUACUUCUCACAAAUCCCUUGUCAUUUUCAUUGUUUCUGCCUCAGAGAAUCCCUCUAAAUGUGUCUACUGUUUGAUCAGUGAUCGCUGAGACUGAACCGAAUCAGAGCAAAUGUACAGUGGGGAAAAAAAGUAUUUAGUCAGCCACCAAUUGUGCAAGUUCUCCCACUUAAAAAGAUGAGAGAGGCCUGUAAUUUUCAUCAUAGGUACACGCCAACUAUGACAGACAAAUUGAGAUUUUUUUUUCUCCAGAAAAUCACAUUGUAGGAUUUUUUAUGAAUUUAUUUGCAAAUUAUGGUGGAAAAUAAGUAUUUGGUCACCUACAAACAAGCAAGAUUUCUGGCUCUCACAGACCUGUAACUUCUUCUUUAAGAGGCUCCUCUGUCCUCCACUCGUUACCUGUAUUAAUGGCACCUGUUUGAACUUGUUAUCAGUAUUAAAGACACCUGUCCACAACCUCAAACAGUCACACUCCAAACUCCACUAUGGCCAAGACCAAAGAGCUGUCAAAGGACACCAGAAACAAAAUUGUAGACCUGCACCAGGCUGGGAAGACUGAAUCUGCAAUAGGUAAGCAGCUUGGUUUGAAGAAAUCAACUGUGGGAGCAAUUAUUAGGAAAUGGAAGACAUACAAGACCACUGAUAAUCUCCCUCGAUCUGGGGCUCCCCGCAAGAUCUCACCCUGUGGGGUCAAAAUGAUCACAAGAACGGUGAGCAAAAAUCCUAGAACCACACGGGGGGACCUAGUGAAUGACCUGCAGAGAGCUGGGACCAAAGUAACAAAGCCUACCAUCAGUAACACACUACACCGCCAGGGACUCAAAUCCUGCAGUGCCAGACGUGUCCCCCUGCUUAAGCCAGUACAUGUCCAGGCCCGUCUGAAGUUUGCUAGAGUGCAUUUGGAUGAUCCAUUUACAUUUACAUUUACAUUUUAGUCAUUUAGCAGACGCUCUUAUCCAGAGCGACUUACAUGAGCAAUUAGGGUUAAGUGCCUUGCGCAGAGGGCACAUUACGUCAUUUAGCAACGCUCUUAUCCAGAGCGCCUCACAAAUUGGUUCAUUCACCCAUAAGCCAGUGGGAUAACCACUUUACAAUUUUUUUUGGGGGGGUAGAAUGAUUACUUUAGCCUAUCCAAGAGGAUUGAGAAUGUCAUAUGUCAGAUGAAACCAAAAUAGAACUUUUGGUAAAAACUCAACUUGUCGUGUUUGGAGGACAAAGAAUGUUGAGUAGCAUCCAAAGAACACCAUACCUACUGUGAAGCAUGGGGGUGGAAACAUCAUGCUUUGGGGCUGUUUUUCUGCAAAGGGACCAGGACGACUGAUCCGUGUAAAGGAAAGAAUGAAUGGGGCCAUGUAUCGUGAGAUUUUGAGUGAAAAACCUCCUUCCACAGCAAGGGCAUUGAAGAUGAAACGUGGCUAGGGUCUUUCAGCAUGACAAUGAUCCCAAACACACCGCCCGGGCAACGAAGGAGUGGCUUCGUAAGAAGCAUUUCAAGGUCCUGGAGUGGCCUAGCCAGUCUCCAGAUCUCAACCCCAUAGAAAAUCUUUGGAGGGAGUUGAAAGUCCGUGUUGCCCAGCGACAGCCCCAAAACAUCACUGCUCUAGAGGAGAUCUGCUUGGAGGAAUGGGCCAAAAUAUCAGCAACAGUGUGUGAAAACCUUGUGAAGAGUUACAGAAAACGUUUGACCUGUGUCAUUGCCAACAAAGGGUAUAUAACAAAGUAUUGAGAAACUUUUGUUAUUGACCAAAUACUUAUUUUCCACCAUAAUUUGCAAAUAAAUUCAUUAAAAAUCCUACAAUGUGAUUUUCUGGAUUUUUUUUUCUCAUUUUGUCUGUCAUAGUUGACGUGUACCUAUGAUGAAAAUUACAGGCCUCUCUCAUCUUUUUAAGUGGGAGAACUUGCACAAUUGGUUGGCUGACUAAAUACAUUUUUUCCCCCACUGUAAUUAACAGAGAUGAGUGCACUCCUGAUUGCCACCUGAUUGCCAUGAACCCCACACAAGAGGGCAGCUUCCUGGAAAGGAUGGAAAUGCACACACAUAAAUACAAACACACAUACAGUUGAAGUCGGAAGUUUACAUACACCUUAGCCAAAUACAUUUAAACUCAGUUUUUCACAAUUCCUGACAUUUAAUCCUAGUAAAAAUUCCCUGUCUUAGGUCAGUUAGGAUCACCACUUUAUUUUAAGAAUGUGAAAUGUCAGAAUAAUAGUAGAGAGAUGUCACGGUUUCGGCCGAGGCUGCUCCUCCUCCUUGCUCGGGCAGGCUUCGGCGGUCGUCGUCCCCGGAGUACUAGCUACCACCGUUGUAUGUUAUCAAUGUGUGUUUGGUUUUGUCUUUAUUGUACACCUGUUUCCGUUUGGGUUAAUUAUGUCCCCUAUAAGUUUCUCGUAUUGUUAGUCGUGUGUUGUGUGUUAUUGUUCGCCUGUCAUUUGGUGCUGCUCGUAUUUUCGUAUGUUGUUUAUUCUGGUCCGUCGCACUGUUUGUUUCGUGUGCCUAGGAUUUGUGUUUUUACGCACUGCUGCGUAUCGUUCGCCUCCAGUUUUGUUGUUAAAUUUUUGUGCAGUAAAGUCGGUUGACUUAGCUUCUGUGUCCUGCGUGUGACUCCUCCAUCACAUCCACAUCAGCCGGUUCUGACAAGAGAAUGAUUUAUUUCAGCUUUGAUUUCUUUCAUCACAUUCCCAGUGGGUCAGAAGUUUACAUACACUCAAUUAGUAUUUGGUAGCUUUGCCUUUAAAUUGUUUAACUUAGGUCAAACGUUUUGGGUAGCCUUACACAAGCUUCCCACAAUAAGUUGGGUGAAUGUUGGCCCAUUCCUCAUGACAGAGCUGGUGUAACUGAGUCAGGUUUGUAGGCCUCCUUGCUCGCACACACUUUUUCAGUUCUGCCCACAAAUUGUCUAUAGGAUUGAGGUCAGGGCUUUGUGAUGGCCACUCCAAUACCUUGACUUUGUUGUCCUUAAGCCAUUUUGCCACAACUUUGGAGGUAUGCUUGGGGUCUUUGUCCAUUUGGAAGACCCAUUUGCGACCAAGCUUUAACUUCCUGACUGAUGUCUUGAGAUUUUGCUUCAAUAUAUCCACAUCAUUUUCUUCCUCAUGAUGCCAUCUAUUUUGUGAAGUGCACCAGUCCCUCCUGCAGCAAAGCACCCCCACAGCAUGAUGCUGCCACCCCCUUUGCUUCAUGGUUGGGAUGGUGUUCUUCGGCUUGCAAGCUUCCCCUUUUUCCUCCAAACAUAACGAUGGUCAUUAUGGCCAAACAGUUAUAUUUUUGUUUCAUCAGACCAGAGGACAUUUCUCCAAAAAGUACGAUCUUUGUCCUCAUGUGCAGUUGCAAACCGUAGUCAGGCUUUUUUAUGGCAGUUUUCGAGCAGUGGCUUCUUCCUUGCUGAGCGGCCUUUCAGGUUACGUCGAUAUAGGACUCAUUUUACUGUGGAUAUAGAUACUUUUGUACCUGUUUCCUCCAGGAUCUUCACAAGGUCCUUUGUUGUUGUUCUGGGAUUGAUUUGCACUUUUCGCACCAAAGUACGUUCAUCUCUAGGAGACAGAACGCGUCUCCUUCCUGAGCGGUAUGACGGCUGCAUGGUCCCAUGGUGUUUAUACUUGCGUACUAUUGUUUGUACAGAAGAACGUGGUACCUUCAGGCGUUUGGAAAUUGCUCCCAAUGAUGAACCAGACUUGUGGAGGUCUACAAUUUUCUUUCUGAGGUCUUGGCUGAUUUCUUUUUAUUUUCCCAUAAUGUCAAGCAAAGAGGCACUGAGGUUGAAGGUAGGCCUUGAAAUACAUCCACAGGUACACCUCCAAUUGACUCAAAUUAUGUCAAUUACCCUAUCAGAAGCUUCUAAAGCAUGACAUCAUUUUCUGGAAAUUUCCAAGCUGUUUAAAGGCACAGUCAACUUAGUGUAUGUAAACUUCUGACCCACCGGAAUUUUGAUACAGUGAAUUAUAAGUGAAAUAAUCUGUCUGUAAACAAUUGUUGGAAAAAUCACUUGUGUCAUGCACAAAGUAGAUGUCCUAACCGACUUGCCAAAACUAUAGUUUGUUAACAAGAAAUUUGUGGAGUGGUUGAAAAACGAGUUUUAAUGACUCCAACCUAAGUGUAUGUAAACCUCCGACUUAAACUGUACACACUCUCUCUCUCUUUCUCUCUCUCUACAGAGUCCUCAGUGUAGGUGAGCUUGGUAUGCAAACACAUGUAUUUGUUUAUUUGGAUUCCAAUUAGCUGUUACAAUUGCAACCGCUUCUCUUCCAGCAGUCCAGACGGACCCAUGCAUGCAUACAUACAUACAUACAGAGUUACACAUGCACAAAGGUUAGGUGACCUUGUUUUCAGCAAGCAAAAGCAGAAAUACUAGAACGUUAUUCAAGAAUGAGACUGGGUAAGUGAAAGAAAGAGAGGGAACGAGAGAGAGGAAAGAGGAUAUGUAUGGGGCUGCAUGCAACAUUCUUGCUGUUGCCACUGAUAGCGUAUUCAGCAAUACGUUUCCCAAACAUGUUCUUUCGUGUCUUGAGGCAUUUUGGAUAACACCACUGUGAUUUAACUGCUUUAUGAUUCCACAUGGUGCUCUGAAUCCUCGCGUUCAUCUCUCUUUCAGUUUCCCUUGGUUCUUUUUUCUCUCUUUCUCUCUUUCUGUCCCUCCCUCUCUCAAUAUUGAAUACAAUUCAAUAUACUUUAUUGACACGGAAAGUAAAGCAAGUACUCUCUCUCUCUCGCUCUCUCUCUCGCUUUGGUCUGUUUUCCCUCUCUCCCUCCUUCCCCUCUCACCCUUUCUCUGUGUGUCUAUCUCUCAUCUCUUUAGAUGGGCCAGUGACUGUGGGCAUGAGUUUGGAUAUUGCCAGCAUUGACACCAUAUCAGAGAUCAACAUGGUGAGACAACUUCCUGUGUCAUAUGACACAUUGUACAUUGCAAUAUGUUUAUCAUGUUAUGUAAUAGAGCCUAAUCAGUGUUUAGACUUGAAGCUGUAAUGUAAUUGCAGUACAACCGCACUCUUUAGGACUACACGGCCACUAUAUUCCUGCGUCAGCGCUGGACAGACGAGCGCCUGGUGUUUGAGGGGAACAAGAGCCUGAGUCUGGACGGCAGGCUGGUGGAGCUGCUAUGGGUACCAGACACUUUCAUCGUAGACUCCAAAAAGUCCUUCCUCCAUGACAUCACUGUGGAGAACAGGCUGAUCAGGAUCUUCCCCAAUGGAACGGUGCUCUACGCCCUGAGGUGGGAGAAACACACACACACACACAUGCACGCACAAAUGCAUGCAAGUGUGCGCACAGGGAUGAAACACACACACACACAGAUAUACACACACACACACACACACACACACACAUACAUACAGGGAUCCAACAAUACAAAGGCCUUGAACUAUUGGAAUUAGAUAAUUCCCUUUUUCAUUUAUUAGAUUUUUAUUUUUAACCAAGCAGGUCAAUUAAGAACAAAAUCUUAUUUACAAUGACGGCCCAGCGGCCCUGCAGGAUCACUAAAUCAAAUAUUGCACAGUGUGCUCAAGUAUAACUUGGCUAUUGGGUUAUCUAAACCAGUGAUUGAACAGAGCAAUGGGCUUAGCUAUUGGUGAACCAGUGGUACAAUAAGCUGUGGCUUUCUGAAAUAUUUAACCUGGAUGGGAAUGGCACACACAGUAUCCUGUUAUAGCUUGACUGAUUGAUGAAUGUCCUGCUUCUGUUUAUUGGCUCACAAUGAAUCUUCUAUAGCGGUUAAAGGGUGAAGUUGCUGUUUUUGGUGCUGAUUUGUUUAGAACGGGUUGCGUUCAGUACGACAGAGCGGUGUGCAACGUUGAAUUAAACGGAAACGGCACUGUACUGAACGACCAGUGGCCCAGAGGGCAGUUACAAUACGCAGUUUUGCGAUUUCAGAUGGUCAAACCCAUAUUGAUCAGGCCACACCUCACCACACCAACCAAGUGGGAGCAAAUGUACCUCAAAGGAAAUGUGUCGUUCAGUACAAACAGUCAUGCAACAAGGCAAACGUUGAAGUGAACUGAACGCAGCCCAGGUGUGGUGGUGCUGAAUGGACAGCAUGUCUCUGCUUCUGCUUAUUGGCCCACCUUGAAUUCCCUAUAGGGCUAAUGGAGUAUGUGGUGCUGACUUGUUUAGACUGGUAUGGUGGUGCUGAACGGACAGCACCCCAAGGCUUCUGUUUAUUGAUUCACAUCCUCCAUCAAUGAUACACUGCAUUGUUCUGUAUCAUGUGAGUGAGCACAAAUGUGUAUGGUUAUUUGCAUGCCAAUCUAGCUUUACUUCUGCUUGUAUUUGUACAGUGUGCAUGGCAUAUGUGUGUGACUGCAUGUGUGUGUGCAGUAUUUUUGACUUGUGCGCCAGAGCUUUGUGCAUGCAUAAAGACAUUCCAUUUACAGCAUGCAUGUGCAUAUGAUAGACCAGGGGUCGGCAACAGGAGGUCCGCGGGUCAAAACCAGGCCGAAAGUGAUUUUUUGGGGGCCUAAUUCAGGAAAUCUGUUCCCAAGUAUUCCCACAAAUAAAAAAAGAGACAUACAGUGGGGUUUGAAAUUAUUGACACCCUUGAUAAAGAUGAGCAAAAAUGGCUGUAUAAAAUUAAUAUUUCAAAUACUAAGCUAUAUUGUAUGUGCCAAGAAAUUAUAUUAUUUUAUACAAAAACAAUUGCUCAGAUAAAUAUAUUUUGAUUAACAAAUAAAUAAAUACAUUCUCAAAAUGGUAGGGGUCAAAAUUAUUGACACCCCUUUUUUUAAUACCUCACCUUGCACUGAGCCUUUUUCUAAAAUGUUUUAUGCAUUGGAGAACACAUUGGGAGGGCUCUUAGACCAUUCCUCCACACAGAAUCCUUCCAGAUCCUUCACCUGCGCUUAUGGACUGGCCUCUUCAAUUCAAACCACAGAUUUUCAAUGGGUUUCAAGUCCGGAGACUGAGAUGGCCAUAGCAAAAUGUUGAUUUUGUGGCCAAUUAACCAUUUCUUUGAGGAUUUUGAUUUGUGCUUGGGGUUAUUGUCUUGCUGGAAGAUUAACUUGCAGCCAAGUUUCAGCAUCCUUGCAGAGGCAACCAUGUUUUUGGCUAAAAUGUCCUGGUACUGGAUAAAGUUCAUGAUGCUGUUGACCUUAACAAGGGCCCCAGGACCAGUGGAAGCAAAAUAGCCCCAGAACAUCAAAGAUCCACCACCAUAUUUUAGCAAGUAGGUAUGGGGUUAUUUUCUGCUCAUGCAUUGUAUGUUUGAUGCGCAAACCAUGGUGUGCAUGACCAAGAGCAACUAACUUUCAUGUCAUCUGACCAAAUCACCAGUUCCGCAAUCCAUGUCCCAAGCCAUUGAGGUGCGACUCCAGUGUUUACAUUUUGUUUGGCCAAUGCCAUUGAGCGAACUCCAGGUGUUUACAUUUGUUGGAUGACAUGAAAAUAGAGCUCUUUGGCCACACACACCAGUGGUGGGCUUGGCGUCGAAAUGAACCCCAUUGAAAACCUGUGGUUUGAAUUGAAGAGGGCAGUCCAGAAGCACAGAACAAGCAUAUCAAGGAUCUGGAAGGAAUGGUCUACCACCCCUCCCAAUGUGUUCUUCAACUCAUAAAACAUUUUAGAAAAAGGCUCCGUGCUGUUAUCCUUGCAAGGUGAGGAAUUGAAAUGUAUUGAAAACAGGGUGUCAAUAAUUUUGACUCCUACCCAUUGGAAGAAAAAAACAACAUUUAUUAUUAUUAUUUCUCUGAACAAUUGUAUUAGUAUAAAUAAUAUAAUUUCCCCAUUUCUUUAAGCAUACAAUAUAUGAAGCUCAGUAUGUAGCCAAGUCUAGGUCCAAAAGGCUCCUUAACAGCUUCUACCCCCAAGCCAUAAGACUGCUGAACAAUUAAUAAAAUGGCCACCCAGACUAUUUUACACUGCUGUUACUCGCUGUUUAUUAUCUAUGCAUAGUCACUUUACCCCUACCUACAUGUACAAAUUACCUCAACUAACCUGUACCCCCGCACAUUGACCGGUACCCCCUGUAUAUAGACUCGUUAAAUUAUUGGUAUUUUGAAAUACAAUCUCUUUUUGGGCUUAGUUGUGGUCAAUUUGCAGGCCCCCCGACCCUCCGCUCCGACAAAAAUCUGCCCACGGCUGAAUCUAGUUGCCUACCCCUGGUAGACUCAUUAAGGUAUUUUCCAUAUGUGGGUCUGUCAGAAAGGACCUGUGUGCAUAAGUGGAAGUGCCAGGGAAGACAGAGGGCAUGAUCAGAAGGGCAGGAGGAAGGCAAGGAAGGGGUGAUAGAGAGUGCAAGAGGGUGCCAUAGGGAAAGGAAUGAAAUUAGAUAUCAGAAAACGAGGGUUAGGAUUGAGGAGAGGCCAGGGAGAGAAACAGCAGUAGUAGUGCUUUCAGAGGGAGGCCAGAGGGAAUACAUGGCAAAACACUGAGGUGGUUCUGCGAGGGGGAAAGAAACAUUUGAGGAACUGUUGACUAGCGUUUUUCUCUCAUCUCACCAGGAUCACCACCACUGUGGCCUGCAACAUGGACCUGACCAAAUACCCCAUGGACAAGCAGACCUGCACUCUGCAACUAGAGAGCUGUAAGAUGUCACUUCAGAUUAACUUCUAUAGCUAAGCAGCAACAUGUGGCUGUCUAAUAAUAAUAAUAAUAAUAUUAAUUUAUUCAAUUUCUAAAGCGCUUUUCAUUACAGAAAGAAUCUCAAAGCGCUUGAAAAAGCAAAACAAAAAAUAAUAAAAUAAACAGCUAUAUGACAGAGUAGGUCUGGACUGCGAUUUUCAGCCAAGAGUUGAACGUUUUGAAUGUUUGAAGCCUCCAUCAGAUGGAGCAACAGUCAAGAGGGAACCACAUGGCUUGAGCAGAGGUCAACGGGGGGAGAUAAGCAGCACAAUUCACUCUCCAUUCAAGGCGUCUCACCGGCGUCUCACCGGCGCCUCGCCGUCCCCGCCAUCUGACUGCGACUUCUCUGUAGCCGUUGACUCUCUCUGGUCUUUUAAAACGAGAUUACGUUUUUGAGCUCUCCACACACUCAGGAUUAUGGUGAAAGCCAGCUUACUUUCUCACUUUAGAGGAAAUCUCCUGAGCAAUGAAAUCAUCACUGCCAGCAAGGAGACUGUAGAAACAACCAAAAAUAGGCUGGUGUAUUAGAAUCUAAUCAAAACACACUAGCUAGCUAGCAAUGCUACCAAGCAAGCUUGCGAGCUAGUGUGUUUUCAUUCGGUUCGAAUACACCAGGCAAUUUUUUGUUGCUUCUAUUUUAAGAAAGCUGAUUUGCCAUGAAUUCACGGGCAGGAAACAAAUAGACUUAGACUUGAAACAAAAAAACACUUGAAAGUGAAUAAAUAGGAACAAAAUGUACAGAGCUCUCUGCCUAAGCUGCUACUAGGGCGCCUUGGCAAUUGUACAUUUACAUUUUAGUCAUUUAGCAGACGCGCUUAUCCAGAGCUACUUACAGUUAAGUGAGUGCAUACAUUAUUUUUCAUACUGGCCCCCCGUGGGAAUCGAACCCACAACCCUGGCGUUGCAAACGCCAUGCUCUACCAACUGAGCUACAUCCCUGCCGGCCAUUCCCUCCCCUACCCUGGACGACGCUGGGCCAAUUGUGCGCCGCCCCAUGGGCAACAACUGCUCCUUUCCUGUAGAACUAAGGAAAGGAGCUGUUGGGCUUGAUUAGGUUUUAUGGUUUUGUUAAAAACAGAGAGGGAGAGGUAGAGAUAUAUAUAUAUAUAUAUACAGUUGAAUUCGGAAGUUUAUGUACACUUAGGUUGGAGUUAUUAAAACUAAAUUUUCAACCAACUCCACAAAUAGUUUUGGCAAGUCGGUUAGGACAUCUACUUUGUGCAUGACACUAGUGAUUUUUCCAACAAUUGUUUACAGACAGAUUAUUUCACUUAUAAUUCACUGUAUCACAAUUCCAGUGGGUCAGAAGUUUACAUACACUAAGUUGACUGUGCCUUUAAACAGCUUGGAAAAUUCCAGAAAAUGAUGUCAUGGCUUUAGACAUUUCUGAUAGGCUAAUUGACAUCAUUUGAAUCAAUUGGAGGUGUACCUGUGGAUGUAUUUCAAGACCUACCUUCAAACUCAGUGCCUCUUUGCUUGACAUCAUGGGAAAAUCAAAAGAAAUCAGCCAAGACCUCAGAAAGAAAGUCUGGUUCAUCCUUGGGAGCAAUUUGCAAACGCCUGAAGGUACCACGUUCAUCUGUACAAACAAUAGUACGCAAGUAUAAAGACCAUGGGACCACGCAGCCGUCAUACCGCUCAGGAAGGAGACUCGUUCUGUCUCCUAGAGAUUAACGUACUUUGGUGCGAAAAGUGCAAAUCAAUCCCAGAACAACAGCAAAGGACCUUGUGAAGAUGCUGGAAGAAACAGGUACAAAAGUAUCUAUAUCCACAAUCAAACGAGUCCUAUAUCGACAUAACCUGAAAGACUGCUCAGCAAGGAAGAAGCCAAUGCUUCAAAACCGCCAUAAAAAAGCCUGACUACGGUUUGCAACUGCACAUGGGGACAAAGAUCAUGCUUUUUGGAGAAAUGUCCUCUGGUCUGUUGAAACAAAAAUAGAACUGUCUGGCCAUAAUGACCAUCGUUAUGUUUGGAGGACAAAGGUGGUUGCUUGCAAGCCGAAGAACACCAUCCCAACCGUGAAGCACGGGGGUGGCAGCAUCAUGCUGUGGGGGUGCUUUGCUGCAGGAGGGACUGGUGCACUUCACAAAAUAGAUGGCAUCAUGAGGAAGGAAACGUAUGUGGAUAUAUUGAAGCAACAUCUCAAGACAUCAGUCAGGAAGUUAAAGCUUGGUCGCAAAUUGGUCUUCCAAAUGGACAAUGACCCCAAGCAUACUUCCAAAGUUGUGGCAAAAUGGCUUAAGGACAACAAAGUCAAGGUAUUGGAGUGGCCAUCACAAAGUCCUGACCUCAAUCCUAUAGAAAAUUUGUGGACAGAACUGAAAAAGCGUCUACAAUCCUGACUCAGUUACACCAGCUAUGUCAGGAGGAAUUGGUCAAAAUUCAUCCAACUUAUUGUGGGAAGCUUGUGGAAGGCUACUCGAAACGUUUGACCCAAGUUAAACAAUUUAAAGGCAAUGCUACCAAAUAAUAAUUGAGUGUAUGUAAACUUCUGACCCACUAGGAAUGUGAUGAAAUAAAUAAAAGCUGAAAUAAAUCAUUAUCUCUACUAUUAUUCUGACAUUUCACAUUCUUAAAAUAAAGUGGUGAUUCUAACUGACCUAAGACAGGGAAUUUUUAUAGGAUUAAAUGUCAGGAAUUGUGAAAAACUAAGUUGAAAUGUAUUUGGCUAAGGUGUAUGUAAACCUCAGACUUCAACUGUAUAUAUAUAUAUAUGUAGAGAGAGAGAGAAUGUGAGUGAACGUGUGUGAAAAAGAGAGAAAGCAAGCAGGGGUGUGUACAUGUGUAGGUGUACUUUCCCCAUUUAUUUGAUUAUAUAUAAGGCAAAACUGGGUCAUACCCAAAGCUGCCUGUAACUCAUGGAAACAGGGACGGUGUCUGGCACCGUCGGCCCAGCCUCUUAUCCUUGGCUUGCCCCAAAAACCUCUUCACACUAGUCACCAGCCCUCGCCAGCCAAUCACAUAUUGGGAUCACGCCUGUCUUGUCUCUGCUACAGCCUCAGCUCGAGCUGUUACAUAAGCUCAAAACCUGCAGGAGCCAAGCAAGGGAGGAAACGCAAAGGGUUUAGAGCAGAAGACUCUCUUUUGCCCUUCAUUUCUCUCCUCCUCGCUCUUCUCGCUGUCGCUCUCUUUCUCUCUCUCUCUUCCUCCGUCUCUUUCUCUCCCACUCUAUCUCUCCCUCCCUCGCUCGCCUCCACACUCUUUAAUGACAGCAAGUCGUGCUAAGCUAUAGCCACAUCGCUGCCAAAGCAACACCUUGAAUGUCAUGUCAACAACAAACUUAACCAGAGGGAGCUCCUGUCCCACUUAUCCCACUCAAUACAUGUAGAGCUAAGUCAAGGAUUUUCCCCUUUACAUUACUGCCAGGUUGAACGUAUACUGUAAAUCCCAGACUCCCACAGCCUUGCUUCAGCAGCACACUGAAAAGAGCCAUACUGUGAGGUGUCAUUCUUUUUAAUGUGCUGCCAAAAAUGUAACAUUGCUUCCCCGCUCCUCCUCGCUCACCAGCCCACACUUUACUUCCAACAGGGAAGUUUAAAGACAAGACGAGCACCAGGUGUUUAGAUAGAUAUGGCGGUGACAUAUUUUAGUGGCUACUGACAGUGAAAAGGCCUUGAGUUGGAAGACAUUCACAGCCAUGUUUGAUUGUUGCUUAAUGAUGAGACCACACUCACCACAGCGGAGGAUACUGUAGCGAGAUUUGGUUUUGAAGAUUUGAAAAGUCCCUCUGCAGCAGUUUUUAAGAUGCACUCAUCUCAGUGUCUCGGUGAGCAGGAUAUUUUAAGAGGCAAAAGCUUUCACCUCUCCAGGCUGCAGUGCAGUACAUGUUUCAGGCUUCAGAGCACCUCAAGACCGCCCCUAAUUUUCUAAUGUAACCGUUCCCGCGCUACUGCACAGGUCCACGGCGCCGGCGCAUGCUGCAUACCCAAUUUGCACAUUGCCCUGAACCGGCAGUCACAAAUAUCAUGAGUUCCGCAAUCCGUCGGUAAUAGGGCAAACAUAACAACACUGAAGAAGUUACAACAAGAGAUCCUCAGCGGCUUCAAUGUCUGUUACUUUUCGGGGUGCUCUGCAUUACAUUAAACACACUUUCCUCAAUAACUUAUGACACCCUGGAAUUUUACACAUGUUGUGUCUCUUGGGAGACCGUGAGAGGGCAGAGUAAGAGCCAUAAAAUGUAAUGUAAUGAAGCAACAGCAAAUGGGGAUUCUGUGUGUCCCAGUUUAAUGGAGAUUUCUUCUCCUCUAGUCACAGCUGCCUCGUAGCGCUUCUUAUUCUACGUCUCCCUCUGCAGGUCAAUUACUAAACUACGUCUUAUAAAGAAUCUCUAAAGGCAAGGUUGACGUGUGGAUAGAAAACUUGUAUUUCGGAGCAGACCUCGGUUCAAAUGCUAAUUGCAAUCUUUAAAAUCCUUUGAGUGUUUGCGUUAGCCCGCCUGAAGUGCCAGGUGGGCGGGCUUUGCACUUUUGAGACUUUUCUAUUGGUUCUAUUUCAACAGGCAAGCUCAAUCAAGCACAGCUUAAGUAUUUGAAAUUAUUUAAAAAGUAUUUGAACCCCAGGUCUGUUUCGGAGCUGUACCCACAUUAUCAGGAAGAAAAAUAGUUGAUCCUAUAUAGCUUGUGGCUUUAUUCCUUAUAAAUGUAGGCCUAUACAGUAAGCAGCUUGCUCUAAAACGUGACAGCAAUAAAUGCUAUUGAAGGGAAUUUAGUUGCCCCCCUAACCUUCUUUCAAGAUUUCAGUAUACAGUGAGUAAGCACUUUACAACAAAUGUUUAUGUACAUUGUUAUACAGUGUCACUGUGAGGUCUUCUAAAUCACAUGUAAGAUGGUCUGUAGGAUUAUGUAAGGUCCUGACCUAUAUAGGACGUGAAAUAUGUAUGAAUCACCCACUGUCAUGUUAGCAUUUCCUAUUCAGUCUUACUGUCACAGUGCUUCACAAUGUGCAAUGGAGCGCUGUUGCUGCACGCUACUUCUAUUUAAUAAAACAUAUUUAAUAAAAAGUAGUUUGAAUAAAACAUUAACAUUGUAAAGCUUGCUUGUGGCUGUCGCACACUUACAGCACAGUGGCCAGCUAACCUUUAUUAAUUGUUUUAUGGAUGAUUGUUUGUGUUUCUAUUAGAUGUAUAAGUAGUACACUGGUAUGUGUGAUAAAGUGCUAUUUCAAAACAUUUAGUCACUUAGUGUAAUAGACCCCCAUUAACUAUCUCGCUGUCUUUGACUUGACAUCAUCUCUCUCUCUCUCUCUCUCUCUCUCUCUCUCUCUCUCUCUCUCUCUCUCUCUCUCUCUCUCUCUCUCUCUCUCUCUCUCUCUCUCUCUCUCUCUCUCUCCCUCUCUCUCUCCCUCUCUCUAUACAGGGGGCUACAACAUCAAUGAUGUAAUGUUCUACUGGACCAGAGGGAAUGAGUCGGUCAGUGGUUUGGACACGCUGCGUCUGGCUCAGUACACAGUAGAGGACCACUACACCUCUGCGUCUGAGGCCAUCUAUGAAACAGGUUCAACUUUCACGUCCUACCUCUAACAUUAUCCUUUCACAUAUACAGUAUUGUUUGGCUACUGUUUAGUUUUAGUCUCUUGUGACGGAUGAAGCACUAGCGUGCAUGCCACAUUUAGUUAGGGGUGCCUAAAAUGAUAUUUAGCAUAAUCUAGCUAUAAAUGUUAGCCACGUUCAUCUUUUUAAUUCAUAGUUGGUAGUAAAUUGAAAACUUUAGGAACCCUUGGGUUCUACUAGCACACUUGUUCUCAUGUCUCUCUGCUGUCAUCUCGCUCUGUCUCUCUCUCACAGGCCACUACCCCAAGCUGAUCUUCCACUUUGAGCUGAAGAGAAGCAUCCUGUACUUCAUCCUGGAGACGUACGUUCCCUCCAGCCUGCUGGUGGUCCUGUCCUGGGUCUCCUUCUGGAUCAGCCAGUCUUCCGUCCCUGCAAGGAUCUGUAUCGGUAAACCACAGCUCCUCAAACCAGGAAGCACUCCCAUCAAGCAGAUACCUUUCACACUCUCUUCCAUGCAAAGCUGCUGAUCAGAAGCUUUUUGGUAGUCUGAAAACUUGAGUGGUUUGCUACAGCAGAAAAAUAAUUCUGCAGCAACAGGAAAUGUGAAUUAUUAUAUGGAUUAUAAUUAAUGGACAUUUUUGUAGGGUUUGAUGCAUUUUUCUUAAGGGACAAUCAAGCCUGAAAUUUCAAAGUGGAAAAUACAAACUCCAGAAGCCUUUUUAAACCAUGCAGGUCACUGGUGAUACAAGUCAGUAUUCAACGUCUAUCCAUGUCUGAGGACGUCGGGAGAUGACGUGGAAACCGGCUGUUACCUUCAAGUAGGAAAGUUAUCCUGCAAAAUUAAGAUCCUUCAUCUGUAGAAUGCAGGUGGUUAGAGAAAACAGACUGUUCCACAAGUGAAUCAUACUCCUGUUAGCUUACCUUUACAUAACUGUAAUAUUACUUAAACAUAUAGCCUGAUGUACACUGAAAAAUAUAGAAUCGCAACAUGUAAAGUGUUGGGCCCAUGUUUCAUGAGCUGAAAUAAAAGAUCACAUAAAUCUUCCAUACGCAAAAAAACGUAUUUCUCUCAAAGUUUUUGCACAAAUUUGUUUACAUCCCUCUUAAUGAGCAUUUCUCCUUUGCCAAGAGAAUCCAUCCACCUGACAGGUGUGGCAUAUCAAGAAGAUGAUUAAAUGGCAUGAUAAUUACACAGGUGCACCUUGUGCUUGGGGAAAUAAAAGGCCACUCUAAAAUUUGCAGUUUUGUCACACAACAUAAUGCCACAGAUGUCUCAAGUUUUGAGGGAGCGUGCAAUUAGCUUGCUGACUGCAGGAAUGUCCACCAGAGCUGUUGCCAGAGAAUUGAAUGUUAAUUUCUCUACCAUAAGCCGCCUCCAACGUUGUUUUAGAGAAUUUGGCAGUACGUCCAACCUCCCUCACAACCGCAGACCACCUGUAACCACGUCAGCCCAGGACCCACCACGCCAGCCCAGGACCCACGCAUCUGGCUUCUUCACCUGCGGGAUCGUCUGAGACCAGCCAGCCGGACAGCUGAUGAAACUGUGGGUUUGCACAACCGAGAAAUUUCUGCACAAACUGUUAGAAACCAUCUCAGGGAAGCUCAUCUACGUGCUCUUUGUGCUCCUCACCAGGGUCUUGACCUGACUGCAGUUCGGCAUCGUAACCGACUUCAGUGGGCAAAUGCUCACCUUCGAUGGCCACUGGCACGCUAGAGAAGUGUGCUCUUCAUGUUUCAACUGUACCGGGCAGAUGGCAGACAGCGUGUAUGGCAUCGUGUGGGCGAGCGGUUUGCUGAUGUCAACGUUGUGAACAGAGUGCCCCAUAGUGGCGGUGGGGUUAUGGUAUGGGCAGGCAUAAGCUACGGACAACGAACACAAUUGCAUUUUAUCUAUGGCAAUUUGAAUGCACAGAGAUACCAUGACGAGAUCGUGUGGUCCAUUGUCGUGCCAUUCAUUCGCCGCCAUCACCUCAUGUUUCAGCAUGAUAAUGCACAGCCCCAUGUUGCACUGAACUCUACACAAUUCCUGGAAGCUGAAAAUGUCCCACUUCUUCCAUGGCCUGCAUACUCACCAGACAUGUCACCCAUUGAGCAUGUUUGGGAUGCUCUGGAUCAACGUGUACGACAGCAUGUUCCAGUUCCCGCCAAUAUCCAACAAGUUCGCACAGCCAUUGAAGAGGAGUGGGACAGUCCACAAUCAACAGCCAAAUCAACUCUAUGCAAAGGAGAUGUGUCGCGCUACAUGAGGCAAAUUAUGGUCACAUCAAAUAAAGAUGGGUUUUCUGAUCCACGCCCCUACUUUUCUUUAAAGGUAUCUAUGACCAACAGAUGCAUAUCUGUAUUCCCAGUCAUGUGAAAUCCAUAGAUUAGGGCCUAAUUUAUUUAUUUCAAUUGACUGAUUUCCUUACGAACUGUAAUUCUGAAAAAUCUUUGUUGCGUUUAUAUUUUUGUUCAGUGUAUUAAUGUCAGGUAACUCAACUCAAGCUGAAUUCUACUGAUUUCUACAUGUGUGGAGUGACUACUGACGUAGUUCAUCAUUAAACCCUAGGGGUUGUGUUGUUGUAUGUGAAUUGAAAGGAAAGGAAAACUCCAGGACACUGGACAUCUUGAUGAUUUCAAACAUUUAAUGAAUCAUCCAACCAUUGUGUUGUGUAUUGUGACAGGAGUGACCACGGUUCUGACGAUGACCACGUUGAUGAUGGGUGCCAGGACGUCCCUGCCCAACGCCAACUGUUUCAUCAAGGCCAUCGACGUGUACUUGGGCAUCUGCUUCAGCUUCAUCUUCGGAGCCCUGAUCGAGUAUGCCGUGGCCCACUUCUGCACCCUUAACCACCCCAACGCCAACAUUGUCAUGGUGAGGCCUUCAGCGUUGUUAACGUCAGUGGUGCGGUUAUUAUUGUCAUGUUCAUUGCCAUCAUUUUCAUAAUCUUGAUCAUUGUCAUCAUCAGCAUCAUUAUUAUCGUCAUCGUUGUCGUCAUCCUCAUCACCAUCAUUAUCAGAAUCAUCAUCUUCAUCACCUUUGCCAUGUUUCGUCUGCUCAUACUGGAUGGAUGUAAGUAUCUCCACAAUUUUUUGGUUUAUUUUAGAUGAUAGCAUCAGUUGAUUGGUGCAUAAUUAAGCGACUCUUCAAUCCUCUUCUCACUGUGACUCUCUCUCUCUCCCUCCCCUCCUCCAGUACGGUCACCAGAUGGGAGGCUUUGACGAGGAGAUGAACGGCAUGGUCACCACCAUCGCUGCUGAAAACAACAGGGCCAAGAGGCGUAAGGAGAAAGCUGCUGCAGAUGCUGCAGCCUUGGCGCCCACAGCAGAGCUGGAACUUUGCCCCUCCAGCCCCACUGGCAGUGAACCCAAGCCUGAGGCACCUGAGGAGCCCACCAACCGCUGCCUCAUUGUCCUGGUCCUCCUCCGUAAGGUCCUGCGCAAAGCUGCAAACUGUUGCCAUGUGGAGAAUCCCCACUUAAUAGACAACUACUCCAGGAUGACCUUCCCCCUCUCCUUUGUAUUUGUCAAUCUCCUCUAUUGGACAUACUACCUGUACUUGUAAUCACAGGGGUGUGGAACUGUGUUUGGGUAUGUGUGUGUGUGGGUGUCUGAAGAUGUGUGUUUCUGUCUGUGAUUCAUUCAUGUGUUUUUUCUCAAACAAUGCACAUUUUACAUUCAUGAGUGAGGCAUAGUCAACAUCCUUAGGGGAAUCAAAUGUCCGUGACACAUUUAUUAUACCUUAUUUAGCUCAUUACUGCUUUCAUAAUUGAUUGAUUUCCAUGUUGUUCUUUUAUUGGUCAUAGACGACCUACAGAUGUAGGAUCUUAA